GCUGCCUCUCCUCUCCGCCAGUGACCUCUCAGUCUCCGCAGCACCGCGCAAAGUGGACUGGGCGACGAGGCGAGCACGACACGGGGGAGAAAUGGCCGGGAUUUUCGGGAAGAUAUUCGUGGGCAUUUACGUGGAAAUAAAGCGAAGCGACGGGCGAAUACACCAGGCCAUGGUCACGUCCUUACACGAGGACAACGAGAGCGUGACGGUGGAGUGGAUCGAGAACGGGGACACCAAGGGGAAGGAGAUCGACCUGGAGAGCAUCUUCGCUUUGAAUCCGGACGUCGUUCCUGAUGAAGAAAUACCUCAGAGUCCCGAGGCUCCUCUUCCUCCGUCUAGCAUCACUAAAGCCAGCAAAGUCCCCAAGACCCGACGGAUCACAGCAAUACCUAAACCUGAAAAUGCUCCACGGGAGAACAGAGCUGCAGCGGUGGGAACGACCCGGGCCCGUCCCAGCCAGCACAGCCAGCCUGCAGAACCCCCCCCGCCCUCCAUCACCCCUCAGCCUGCAGUGAAGGAGACUCUGAUGCAGCAGCAGAACGCACGAAGGAAAUCCAACUGCGUGAAAGAAGUGGAGAAACUGCAGGAGCAACGAGAGAAGAGACGUCUGCAGCAGCAAGAGCUCAGAGAGAAGAGGGCGCAGGAAGUCGAUGUCAAUCUACCCAACUAUGAGAUCAUGUGCAUGAUCAGAGACUUCAGGGCCAGCCUGGACUACAGACCUUUAACCUCCAACGAUGCUAUUGAGGAGCACAGGAUCUGUGUGUGUGUUCGCGCUCGACCCCUAAAUAAAAAAGAGUUAUCAGUGAAGGAUCUGGAUGUGAUCACCAUUCCCAGUAAGGACGUGGUGAUGGUCCACGAGCCCAAGCAGAAAGUGGACCUGACCCGCUUCCUGGAGAACCAGACGUUCCGAUUCGACUACGCCUUCGACAAGAGUUCCACCAAUGAAAUGGUUUACAGGUUUACGGCCCAGCCUCUGGUAGAGACCAUUUUUGAGAGAGGGAUGGCCACCUGCUUUGCCUACGGACAAACAGGAAGUGGAAAAACACAUACAAUGGGAGGAGACUUUUCUGGGAAGAACCAGGACUGCUCAAAGGGCAUCUAUGCUCUGUCGGCCAGAGAUGUUUUUCUCAUGUUGAAGAAACCCGUUUAUAAGAAGUUGGAUCUGCAAGUUUUUGCCACAUUUUUUGAGAUUUACAGCGGAAAGGUGUUCGACCUGCUAAAUCGCAAAGCCAAGCUGCGGGUCCUGGAGGAUGGGAAGCAGCAGGUGCAGGUGGUCGGGCUGCAGGAGAGGGAGGUGAAAUGCACCGAGGACGUCCUCAAGCUCAUCGAAAUGGGAAACAGCUGCAGGACUUCGGGUCAGACCUCAGCGAACGCUCACUCUUCUCGGAGCCACGCCGUGUUCCAGAUCAUCCUGCGGCGGCGGGGGAAGAUGCACGGGAAGUUCUCGCUCAUUGACCUGGCGGGUAACGAGAGAGGGGCGGACACGUCCAGCGCCGACCGGCAGACCCGACUGGAAGGAGCCGAGAUCAACAAGAGCCUGCUGGCGCUGAAGGAAUGCAUCCGCGCCCUCGGCAGAAACAAACCUCACACUCCGUUCAGAGCCAGCAAACUGACCCAAGUCCUCAGAGACUCCUUCAUCGGAGAAAAUUCAAGAACAUGCAUGAUAGCAACCAUUUCCCCUGGGAUGGCCUCCUGUGAAAACACAUUAAACACUCUGAGAUAUGCCAACAGGGUGAAGGAGUUUGGCAUCAGUCCGUCGGACAUUCCCUUCUCUCAGAGCGGAGGCGGCCGCUCGGAGCUCUCACCCACUUAUGAGAUGAAGCAGCUGACGGCGGACCCUGCAGCAGCUCUGGACUGCCACCAGGAGGGGCACAUCACCCAGCUGGAAGUCCUGGAGGCCCAGUGGGGGGUCGGCAGCUCCCCGCAGAGAGACGACCUCAAGCUGCUCUGUGAACAGAACGAGGAAGAAGUUUCUCCACAGCUCUUCACCUUCCAUGAAGUUGUUUCUCAGCUGGUGGAGAUGGAGGAGCAGGUGCUGGAGGACCACCGGGCCGUGUUCCAGGAGUCGAUCCGCUGGCUGGAAGACGAGAAGGUUCUCCUAGAGAUGACGGAGGAGGUGGACUACGACGUCGAGUCUUAUGCAACCCAGCUGGAGCAAAUCCUGGACCAGAAGAUCGACAUUCUCACCGAGCUGAGGGAUAAAGUCAAGUCUUUCCGCUGUGCUCUCCAAGAAGAAGAACAAGCGAGCAAACAGAUAACCCCCAAGAGGCCUCGAGCGCUCUGAAGGCGCCAUGAUGACAUUGCUGUACACAGGAACAAACUGAGAAACCUUUUGACCCCUCUGCUGGUCAUGCAUUUAAUUCCUGCUCAUUCAUCCGUCCUGUUAAACAAAAGAGCAGACGUGCUCUUCCAUCCCCGCCGUUCAGUGUUUCAACAAGGUUUGUAUGGAAGGCCGAUUUGGAAUUAAUGCACGCGCUUUCCAGUGUCACCUGGCAUCUAAUAAACGGUUCCAUCAAAUGUGGAACCUGCUGUUUAUUUAGCGCCACUUCCUGUUUAACAUCUGGUUACGAGAAAGUAAAACAUCAAAGCGUUCAGUAUUCACCUGGUGAUGCUUGGCAACGGUGAAAUAGUAACUCCACCCUCUCGUGUCGAUAUCCAAUGAAGAUAUCUGAACCUUCAGCGACGCAAAAAGACAAUUACAAAGCCAGCCUUCUGCCACCUGAAGGCUGGUUGAGCAAAAUCAGGCAUUACUAAUCGAGCCCUGAUAUUCACUAGUUUUAAGAUAGAUAGAUAGAUAGAUAGAUAGAUAGAUAGAUAGAUAGAUAGAUAGAUAGAUAGAUAGAUAGAUAGAUAGAUAGAUAGAUAGAUAGAUAGAUAGAUAGAUAGAUAUUUUUUAAAGUUUACAGGGAGGUGUGGCUCUCUCGAAAGACAAAAAUUAUGCAAUUGUUUUGCACAUUUCUCCACAGGGUUUUAUCAUUCUUGCUGUUGCAUGUAAAGAUCAGACUUUCAAAUAAAAUCUCAAUUUGCUGCCAGGAGAAGGACCUUUUUCCUGCGCUAUGUAUGUUAAUAAUCCAAUCAAAACUUUAUUGCUUUGCCUCACACUUUGCUAUUGACUGCACAGAACAACCUAAAAUAACCCAAAGUGUUGCAAUCUAAUGCUCCAGUUAUCUUGUUAGUCUGUAAGGUAAUUACGAUGAAUUUCUGCUUACAGUUAAUUUCAUACACAUUUAAGAUUAGAACAUCAGGACAGCAAAUUUGAAAAGUACACUUAAAAGCUGCUUAAAAGGAUUUUUAAGCAGCCUCAUUGAAUCACAAUCUUAUUAACAUGACGUUAAAAGGAAACAAUUAACUUUAUGAAGAAAUUAAUAUGGCACAAAUUUUCUGUGCUGUAAAACUAUUGUAGAUCAGUGCUCGACUUUAAAGGUCUGAUUUAGCUCCAGGGGGCGGAGUUACAAAUUAAUCGCCAUUUGUUGUUUGUUUAGCGUCACUGGCUGCGAUAUACGUUUUGAACGCAAGGCGGCGCCUGGUGAACGUCGCUUAUCAUUUAUAAAGGGGCAGGUUUCCUCUUCAUCCCGCUUAUUUGACGGUCCUGUGACGCUGGGAAGCCAAUUAAUUCCAACUCUGCCCUCCAUAGGAUUUGUGCUCAUACGUCAAGAACAAUUACAUGUGAAUACGUUUUUCCUUUUGAGAAAAUUUUUUAUAUGGUCAAUCAUAGCUUAUCUUUACUACUGUUACUGUCAAACUGUUGUUUUUGGCCAAUUUUAUAAACCGCGUUUUGCCAUUUUGUGCAAUAUGUGCAGGAUUUCCUGCUCCUCCCUCAUCUCACCACUCACCACGCUGACGUGGUGCGGAAAAUGAGCCGCUGUGUUUGUGACGACACGCUGCGUCACAAGGUUUGACUGAAACUAAACUGACCUUAACUAAGCCAGAGGGGGCGCUGUGAUCACAGACGCCACCUGCAGGACAUUUCUGAAAACAAGUUUUUCUUUUGCCAAAAUAAUAAUAAUAAUAAAAAGACUUCUUGUUUAUUGUA